AAUAGUGGGCAGUACAGUAGGAUUUAAGACUAGACAGGAUGUGGAUGAGUUACGUGUGUUCAGAAAUUGUUUAGACACGGUUUUAACAUUUUUGAGUUAACUAUCGAUAAGGUAGUAAUUUGUCAAUAUUCAGAUCUUAAUAACGCAAAUUUAUGCAUUCGACUGCUGUCAUUUACGAUCAUAAAACUAAUAUUGUGACGAUGAUUAAUAAUAGAACGACUUUAAUAUUCAACUGAGAUAGCAUUAUUAAAAACCUCGGUAAUCAACAGAUUUUUUUUAAAUGUAACGUAAUCUUUAAUGCUAGAACGAGCUGUGAUACUUAAUUAUUAUGAGCUCCGAUAGUUAAAAUCAUUUUUCAUUUGACAUAAUGUAUAGAAGAACAUAAGGUUCAAGCAGAAAAUGACAGAGAGCUUGAUAAAUGAAUGGUUGGCAGAUUGUGGAGAAAUAUCACCUUCUAAACUUCAUACUUUUGCUACUACAUUAUCGCAAGACAAUGAAAUAGUUAGAGCACUUUAUGUACUGCUCGAAGAGCGCAGCAAAUAUAGCCAGCUUGUAGAUACAGUUUGUAAUCAACUAUUUGAUUUCUAUCGUUCUCAAGAGAUAGAACUCAGAAGAUUUACUUUGCAAUUUUUACCUACACUAAUAUUUAUUUAUCUAAAUUCUGCUGCCCAUGGUGAUAUUAAGAAUUGCCGCACAGUUGAAACUCUUCUAAUUGGGUUAUAUAAUCUUGAGGUAGUGGAUAAAUCUGGACAGCAAAAGGCAGUUUCUUUUCGAUUACCAUCUCUUGCUAUGUUAUCCAUAUAUCACGAGCCAGCAAGCUUGACACCGGCUUCCUUAACCGAAAGUGCAGUGCGCCGUUUCGAAGAAUGCAAUACAAAACUUGUUAGUUGGGGUCCUUUACGUCAAGUAGAAACUCUGAAUGCUCAAAAUAGAUUAAAAGUGAUGACUGCACUACUUUUUAUUUAUAACCAACAACUGGGUUAUAUAAAUAAGUUUGCUUUGGAGCAAUUGUGCAAAGUUGCAACAAAGCUUGUCACUCAAGGUUUCACAAAACCAGGACAUCAUCAACGAUCCUCGUAUGGCAGCGAAUCUAGCUUUGUUCCAAGACUUUUGCCUCGCAUACCUGUUUCGACUCAAUUUCUUCUCGAGUUUCUACAUGCAGUAUAUUUUGCAAUGUACAAUGAUUGCUGGUAUGUAGCGAAUCAAGCUGUGGAGGAUAUACAUAACAGAGCAUGUUAUGAAAUGUACCCUGAUGUAAUGUUGGUUACAAAUGCCAUACGAAAUUCUGCUAAUUCUGGACCAUCCGGUCAAUCAAGUGACGGAUCUAUUGGCAUUUGCGUAGCAUUGACCUCUGUAACUGCAACUCCAACAAUAUCGAAAUCUAUGAUUACAAAUGCCUCCUUCCGCACGAAAAAAUUACCAGAUGACAUACCGAUUCAAGUUGUAAAGGAAGAUUCCAGUGGAGAAGGCAAAGGUAAUUUGGUCUCGAUCACAGAAGAGCAAGAAUCAAUGGAACCAAAUCGUACUGGCUCAAUGCGACAAGCAAAGGAUCAAAAAGCUUCAUCAAAAAUGACUAAUUUUCCAGUACUUGGAAAAAAACCUAAAGAAAGGGAUGGAAAAACAACAAAGAACCUUCAUAAUGCAAUAUCCGAUAAGGAAAAGAGACUCGGAUCACAAAAUACAUCAAAAGAGAAUAUCAAAGGAAGUAGUUCAAUGUUAAAUAGUGAACAAUCAGAAGUUGAUAUAAAUAUUAAUGGCUGUAUGAAUAGAAAGAAGAAUAAUAGUGUGGAAAAUAAUUCAUUUGGAACUGAAAGUGUUACUUUAAUGGAUGGAGAACGACUUGGAUUAAGUGGAGAUACUGGAGACAACAACGUUAAUAUAGAAGCUUCUAUCAACUUAAGGGCGCAUAACGAAUCAGAAUCACUGACUUCUUCAAUUCAGGUUAGCUCUGUUUAAACAAGUUAAAAACAAUCUAGAACAAAAACAGUCAACAGAGAGAGUAGUGGGCUAAAUCGGACAUUUUCAACUGUCCUUAUAUAUUGAAAUACCACUUUAAUAAUUUGUGUGUGUUACUAUAAACAAUUUCUUUAUUAGUAUUAAUACAACAAUUAAUUAAAUAUCUGUGAGAAUAUAAGUGAAAGAUUUCAAUAAAUACAGUACUACAAAUUGUAAAAUGCACAAGUUCAAAUGGAUUUCUUGUUAGAAAGAAACAGCCCACUACUAAUUGAUCUCUACAAUUAGUUUAAAAAUGGCGAAGGGAACAAUGAAUUAAUGGUUUUUUUUUUUUUUUCUUUUUUUCUUCUUCUUUUUUUUUUUCUUUUUUUUUUCCCCCAUUAAUAAAACGGAUAAACUCUGUCAUUGUAACAUACAUAUAAUUUGUUUUCUAUAUACAUGUUCUAUUUGCUUCAUGCUUUUUAAUGUUUUAAUGUCUCAUUUAUUUACUUAAUUUAUAUGAUAUAUAUAUAUUGAUUUUUCAAUAGAACACUUAAAAUUAAAUAUUAUUUAUAGAAUAAGUUACUUUAAUGUGCAGUAAUGUUAAUUGAAAGCAGAAUUUAUAUUUUAAUAAAAAAAAUCUGUACUUUUGUGUUGUUUUUUGAUAAUUAGCAAUAGUAAAAAAAUAAAUAUUCAUGUAAGCAAUAUAUAAUGAUUUAUACACAAGUUGUAAUUAGAAUAUUAUUGAAAAUUAAUCGCUCAGAAUAUUAUUGCAUUUUAUAUUAAUUAUUAUUGAUUAAGUUACAAACGUUUUCAUUGAAUAUAUUAGAUAAAUUGUUAUGAUAGGCAAGUUUUAAGAUUUCAUCUUUCUAAGGGAAACCAAUCUUAUUUAAAUUAUAUUUAGUUCAAAAUGGAUUGUAGUACUUAUUAAUAUGAUCAUAUAAUUUAAAUUUAUUAUUUUUUGCUUUCUCAUUUUUUCUAAUAAUGCCAUUUUUAUACAUAUGUAUCAAAUGUUAUGUAUCUACUCUUAAUAGAAAAUUGUCUUGAUAAAAUCAAAGUAUCAAACGUGCUUUUCAAUAUCAAAUGUUAACAUUGUAAUAUUCAAAGCAGAUUAAUAUAUCAUAAGUUAUUAAUAAUUUAUUUCUAAUUCACUACUUCUUAUUAUUUGUUCUUAAUUACUUUAAACUUAUAGUAUUCAUUGAUUCGAGACAAUAUAAUGUAAAGUUUAAUACUGAUUAAAUAAUUGAACAAAUGAAUCAUAAAUGUAACAAAAUUCGAGUUUUUCAUACAUACACAGCAUUACUGUAGUAGAGUUCUAUAUAAUCUUAACUUUUUAGACUAUGGUGUAUUUUGGCUUUGUAAUGUCAUUGCUAUUGUAUUUGUAAAAAUGAAUAAUUUUUUAUUUCAUUAUUUAUAGUAGUUUUUUUUUUCAUCAAAAAAAAAAAAAAAAAAAAAAAAAAAAAAAAAAAAAAAAAAAAAAGAAAGAAAGAAAAAGAAAAUUAAAAGAAAGAAAAAAAAGAAAAGCGAACAAAAGAAAUAAGUGCUUUAACUCUUUAAGUGUUGUAUACAUGUACAAAGGAAAUGUUUUCAUUAAAUCCCUAUAACAGAUAUAACACUUAAAGAGUUUUAGUUUGGGCUUAGAACUUUCGCCCCUAUAAGACUGUAUGCUGCAUUAUGUUAUUAAUAAUAAUGAAAAUGUAUUAUCAUAUGGAAAUAUAUUGUUGUUAACGA